UAAAACCCCUAUAAAUUAUACAUUAACAAUCCCCAAUUUUACUAACCAAUAAAAAACAAAUUCAUCUUCUCUUCUCUCCCAACGUCACCAUGACCACCAUUAACGCCGUCAAGAAAACUCAAGGACGGAGGAAAAUUGCAAUCAAACCAAUAGACAAUCAAAACAGUAGGCACGUUACUUUUUCUAAACGCCGUUUAGGACUUUUCAAAAAAGCAAGUGAACUUUGCAUCUUAAGCGGUGCAGAAAUUGUUAUACUUGUUCAGUCUUUAAAACGACAGCGUCUUUUCACAUUCGGUCAUCCUAGCCCCGACGCCGUCAUCGACCGUUACCUCACCGGAAAAUCAUCAACAUCCGGCGACGGUGAUCAAUUCAACUUGCAACAGAAUAAUCAGUAUUAUUCUCAAAUUUGUAGAGAUCUGGAAUUAGAGAAGAAGAAGAAGGAGAAUAUUGAAGAAUCGAAGAUGGUGAAUAAUGGGGGAUUUUGGUGGAAUGAACCGAUUGAUGAUAUGGGAAUUGAAGGACUUGAAGAAUUUAUGAGUGCAUUGGAAGAAUUGAAGAAGAAAGUAACAAUGAGAGCUGAUGAAUUGAGUAUGAUAAAUGGGUCUUCUUCGAAUUCGACGAUGAAAAUAGCAAGAUUUGGGGCAGAAGAUCAAUAUUUGAAUGAGGCAAUCGAUUAUUGUUCUUCCAUUGUUCCUUUUGAUUUCAAUCAAACAGGAGAUGGACAGUUCUGAAGCAAUUAGCACUAAUACUAAACCAUGAUUU